AUGUUCAUUGUUCUGCUCUACCCCACAUCCUCGGAAAGGCUGUCACUCCUCACCUGCCGCGAGAUCAAAAGCAUCCAUAGCGAGCUUUCGGCUCUACUUAGUGUAUUGUCGAUUCUGAAACAGCAGACGGACGACAAUAAAUCAUCGGCUAAGCAUCUUUUAGUUCUUGAAGUCCCGUUGGAGGAAUGCAACCAUGUGAUAAAGGAGAUCCAGAUACAGUUGAAACCGAAGAGGAGUUUGCUCGGAAGGGCAUUUCAUCGGAGCCGAUGGCCCUUGUUGGAAGGCCAACUCUCGGCAAUCCUACUGAAGAUUGAAAGGUAUAAGAGUUUGUUUGGACUUGCAAUUUCCGCCGAGCAACACUACCUAUCUACUGGAAUCGAAGUCCUUGCUAGGAAUACCGACAUGAAGGUGCGCGAUCUCUUGGAUCGUGUUCAAGUCGAAUUCACUGCUGCAGAGCAGGAGAGGAACAGAAAGAUCGAAUCUGGCCUAGCAAAAAGCCGAGCGAGGAUCCUCAAAUGGGUCUAUAGAACACCCUUUGAUGAGAGGCACCUUGAGAUCAGUGGUAGGAGACAACUAGAUACUGGGACCUUGCUUACUCUAAAACCCGAAUUCCAAUCUUGGGUAAAGGAGAAUCCAGAUUUUAAGAUUUUGUGGGGAAAUGGCAUCCCGGGUGCUGGAAAAACAUUCCUCAGGUCAAGGGUGAUUGACUACUUGACCAAUAAUAUAACUUCCAGAUUACCUGCAAAUAUUGGUGUCGCCUUCCUCUACUUCGAUUAUAAAGGGCGAGCAGAACAAUCGCCCCCUCUGAUACUUUGCAGUCUUAUUCAUCAAUUGGCGUCCCAGCUGUCGUUAAUUCCGGCACCUCUUGAAUCGUUGUACAAUGACCUUUCUCAAAAGAACAAAUCCUUGAGCUCUGAACCUACUCCUGCUUACAAGCUCCUGCUGGAGAUCCUGAAGAUGUUCAAGAGGGUAUAUUUUGUUUUCGAUGCCUUAGAUGAGUGUGAAGAAGAAACUCAACGCCGAAAUCUGAUUCCCAUGUUUCAUGGGCUUGCAAGCUCAGGUGCAAGUGUAUUCAUAACCAGUCGGUCCUAUCCACUUGAUAUAAAUGAAUCCUUCUCGGCCUCAACUGGCGCUGUAUCUAUCACCCUUGCGGCGCAGGAGGAAGAUCUGAGGAUCUAUAUCGAGCAGAAAAUCAACGGCAAUACACACGCUAGGAGGCUCAUAUCGCCUACGAUCAAGGAUAAUAUUAUCCAAAAGUUGGUCGACUGUGCGAAGGGAAUGUUCCUGCUUGUGCAUUUCUUUAUCGAAGAUAUCUGCAAGCGAACGACUGUGAACGAGAUAAAGCGAUCUUUACAAGAUCUAGAUUCAACACUGGCAGAAGAAGAUUCACUCCUUGGUAUCUAUCAAAGGGUAAUGGAUGACAUAAAGAAUGAGCACGAAAGCAGACGUAAACUAGCGCUUAAGUCGCUUUCAUGGGCGGUUAAAGCUAUUACACCCCUUUCUGUCCACGAAUUCUGUCAAGCAGUCUCAAUCAAAGAGCACCUUCAGGAUAUCGGCCCUGGAGAUACCCCUGAUAUAAGUAUGAUACUGGAGCGCCAUUCAGGACGCUUCGUGUUAUAG